AAUAGUAACAGCUAUCAGAGAGAGAGAUAUAUAUUUUUAUCUAUAUUUAUAUAGUCGAUAUAAUUAAUUUCAUUAUUCCAUUAUUCCAUUAUUCCCUUUUUUGUUCCCUUAUCAACAAAACUCCUAAACCUUUCAUUCGAUAUAUUCCAUCUUUCUUUCCUCGAAACAAAGUCGCUACUUUCCUCUCUACUUUAUUGCUCAAAACUUACCAAAUCAUCUUCUCAUUCUUUCCAAUCGCAGCAGAGCAGUCAGUGUUGGUUUGCUCAUCCCUUUUAACUUCUACUUCCACUUACUUCAGCUGCUUCCUUCCUGGACCCGAUCGCAACUAGCCCAGUUAUCUUGUCUUGACGCCCACCAUCACCAUCACCAUCACCAUCACCAUCGCUAUUACCAUUACCAUUGCUAUUACUUUACAUCUUCAACAACACCUUCGUUGGUUUUUUUACGACGAGGUCCUAAUUCGCCCAGUUCGCUUUUUUGACACACGAUCAAACAGUUGCUUCGUACUACGUUGCCAAUUUAUUGAACUCGCUCAUAACCUCUCUAUCGCAAUCGAACUGAGUCAGCCCGUCAAGGUGUUGUUGGAUUCUUGUGAGUCACUGAAUUCAAUCCAAACGCAAUUUGCUUUUCGUGGAAAUUUAAAUACUGAUUUUUGGCCGCGCAUCUAUAGAGAAGUAAAUCCACUGACCCAUUAACCAAAAUGGCUUCCGCUGCUCCCUCUGCUCGCAGAAUCCCAUCGACAUUCGGUCGAGACAGCUUGACUGCUGUAGCGGCUCGAAGUGUUCCCGCCACCAAUGGUCAUACUCUUCCAACUCCUCCGAAUUCUAUUUCUCCCAAUCUGCCUCCGCAUGUUAUCAAAUCGCUGGGUACCCGUUCGCCGCUCCCUCAGCUCAAUCUGGAGCAUGUUGAUUCCGACCUAGAUUUACAAGAUGGGAGUGGAAAUGAAGGAACUUCAGAUGUCGGAUCGCCGGGGUUGGAUACUACCGGUGCUAUUACCCCUAGUCUAUUGGCUAAGCACCACCUUCCCGAAAUUCUAUUGGAUCAUGGCCCACUUGCUAUUCGCCACAUCAUGGGCUACCUCACCACUUCAGUCCCCGGCUUUUCUGGCAUUCCUCCCGCGAAGGCUAGAAGACUCGUGGUGGGUGCUCUCGAAGGACGUGGAAAUGGCGGUGAGCCCGGCGGUGUAAAGGGAAAUGUGUUGUUCGAGAAAGUGGGUUGGGGCCGCUGGGACGCGAGACUGAAGGGACACCCCGCGAGAAUGGGUCGAGCCUUUGGAAAUUCACCAUCGCCGAGUUUACCUGAUUCCUAUCCCGUGGGGAUGCCAAUCGCCAACAAGCAAGGAUGGUCGUUCACGCGGACACGUCUCAAUGAACCGGGCUCAAGUUGGGCCGGUGAUUCGGCUUUUUUCUCUCAUGGUGACGACGUCUCGAUGCCUGAUGAGGCUGACAAGAUGUCUUUGGACGGUGAUGAGUCCGGUUCUUCCCCAUCUGAGCAAGGAGAAGACGUAAUGAUGGAGGAUGACGAUCCAAAUGACGUGACGGAUGAGGAGGAUUGGGCCGCCGUUGGAGCCGCGGCACUGCGAGCAGCUUCCUAUUCAAACUCUGGACCGCUUACAUCUGGACCACUUCCACAAAUUUUCAAUUCUCAUGUAUAUAGGGGAGGUUUCCGCCCAAGUGUUGGUCAUUCCGUUCCAGCACCAGCACGAACCCACACGCCCAACGGUUUCACAGCUUUGAAUAUGGCUUCCGCGGAUUCUCAAGAACGGGAGGCCAUAGAAGCACUUUUACGACUUGGUUCUGUAUAAAUUUCAGCAUGGAGUUUGGGAUGGUUGCAUAUGGUGGGGAUUAGCGUGAACCAAUUGCCGGCGAGCAUUGAUUGAAUUGGUUUUAUUUUCAGCACGCGAAACGAUGAUCGGAAGGAUGUCGAAAUGGGAAUUGGGAUAUGCCCCCUCGCAUCAGCGAGUAUGGGAGCAUGGCGUUUUUGACAUUUUCGAUGGGAUAGUGGACGAUGUCCUUGAGCCUGUGCUAAUCCUCGUGCGCUCGGUAUCUCCACUUCUACACAAGCUUUACUUUUGCACAUACGUAUUUUUUUAUAUUCAACAACUGCUCCACUAACUUCACCGGCGCCAUUUUAACUACGACGAUCACGAAAAAUUAUUCAACAUUCACAUCUUCAUCGUAACAACAUCAACGGAUGAGAAAAAAAAACUCUUCACUCAGAUCAACAUGAAUAUGGUUUUAUUAACUUUAUACUUUCGCAACAUUAUCAUCUUUAAUAUACCCUUGGCGACGCGAUUUGAAUGGAUGCGAGAGAUGGCUGGGGUCAUCAUUUUGGAAGGAGAAACCUACGAGGUGCAGGCUGGAGAGAGAAAGGUUCUUUUAGAGGGCACAGUGGAAAUGACGUUCCAGCUUAGGAGUUACUUUUGAGCGCUUAGCUGCAGUCUCGAGAUAAGAACUUAAUGCAUGGAGUUUUUUCGCACUCUAACCGAUUGCUUUUUUAUUUUUCGUGAUCUUAUUGAUAUCGGCUACGUGAAAUAGGAUAAGAUGAGGUAUGGAUGAGCUACAAUGGUGGCUCUGUACGCACCGGUUCACCGGGAAACCAGGGAUAAGUCUGAAGUUUCGAAAGCUGGAAUGGAUAGAUGGUGUGUGUAAGUAUGAAGAACGGUUGCCAACCGCAUUUGGCGUAAUCUGAUGACACAGUUCUUGUGCCAAAGCACCUGGCCGA